UCAACAACGACCUUUGCAUAAGGGUAACACUAAGACCCUUGUCUCAGCUUUUCAUAAAGAAUAAAGCAAGCAAGAGAUAUAUAUAGAGAGUAGACUUUGAUUGAAGAAACACCACAAAGACACAAAUUUCACAAGAAAACAAAGGGGGAGGUGAUAUGGGUAGGUCACCAUGCUGUGAUAAAGUGGGAGUGAAGAAAGGACCGUGGACUCCUGAAGAAGAUAUCAUGUUAGUCUCUUAUGUUCAAGAACAUGGUCCUGGGAAUUGGAGGGCUGUUCCUACCAAUACAGGGUUGCGUAGAUGCAGUAAGAGUUGCAGGCUUCGAUGGGCUAAUUAUCUCAGGCCAGGGAUCAAGAGGGGUAGCUUCACAGAUCAUGAAGAGAAGAUCAUCAUCCAACUUCAAGCUCUUUUAGGCAACAAAUGGGCUGCCAUAGCUUCUUACUUACCCGAGAGAACCGACAAUGACAUUAAAAACUACUGGAAUACCCAUUUGAAGAAGAAGCUCAAGAAGCUUCAAGAGCAAGAAGCCUUUGAUGAUCAUCACUCUCAAGUUGGGUUUUCAACCUCACACUCAAUCUCUAGGGGUCAAUGGGAGAAAAAGCUACAAACUGAUAUCAACAAGGCCAAACAAGCCCUACAUGAAGCCUUGUCUUUGGAGAAACCAAGCCUGAUUGUACCUGAAUUGAAGCCCUCUAAUGGGUAUUACUCUUAUACUAAACCAACAACCCAAGGACCUACCUAUGCAUCAAGCACUGAGAACAUAGCUAGAUUGCUAAAAGGGUGGAUGAAAAAUUCACCAAAACAAGCUCAUGCAAACUCUUCAAGUACUCAGAAUUCUAUGUCUUGUGAAGAGACUUUAAGUGUUCCAAACAAUAGUGGUAUUGAUUUGUCUGAGGCAUUUGAAUCGCUGUUCGGUUUUGAGUCCUUGGACUCAUCAAAUUCUGAUUUUUCUCAAUCUAUGUCACCUGAGGCUAGUCUUCUUCAAGGGGAAAGUAAACCAGAUCUUGGUAUGCAUGUGCCAUUGUCAAUGCUUGAGAAUUGGUUGUUUGAUGAAGGUGUUGUUCAAGGGAUCAAAGAAGACUUGACUGACUUUUCAUUUGAUGAAAAUGCAGAAUUGUUUUAGAGAAAUUAAUUCUUAUUUUGGGCCCUUUUAAAAAAAAAAAACUCAAUUUGUAUCUUUUGUUGCUUUUUUGGUCUAGGCCUUGACAUGAAGAGUAAUUUUAUGGUCUGAUAAUUAUUUAAUUGUUAAGCAUUUUAGUGCUCAUGUAGCACUGUGAAAUGGCAAAUUGUUAAGCAAUAUGCAUUAUAUAUAUAUAAGAAUAAAAUUCCCUUUCUCUUGAUUUU